GAAAUAACAUUGAACAAGAGAAAAACCAGAAGCAAGUGAACGAACUCGAAAUACGAAAUACGAAAGCAAAGUGUGUGCGCCAGCAACAAAGAACUAACUUGAUAAAUAUUCAUUGUGCCGAAGAGAAAGUCAUUGAGUCACUCACUCACUCCCAGUUGUGUAAUUCCGAACGAGAAGAAAGAUAAACCCACAAUGGCAGUGGCAUUCUACAUUCCCGACCAGGCGACCCUGCUGCGGGAGGCGGAGCAGAAGGAGCAGCAGAUCCUCCGCAUGCGGGAGUCGCAGUGGCGAUUCCUGGCCACCGUUGUCCUGCAAACGCUGCGCCAGUACAGUCCAUGUCAUCCGAAGACCGGCAGAAAGUGCGGCAAAUACCGCAAGCCAUCACAGUAAACUUUCGAGUUACUAACAACUACGGGGAGAACCAAUAGUCCAGUCCAAAAUCCAGAGUACAAAGGAAAUAAGCAUGAGCCAACCCAAAAAACACUCACCACUCAUCAGCCGACGGCACUCGAUUUCAACAGCAGUCAAGGAUACACAGCCACAACACCCACCCACUUUUAGUUUACUCAUCAAAGCGAUUGUGAUAAUGGUUUUGUUUCUACGAAAAAUCGGAGGAAAAUUUUGAAGAAAAGAAAAACAUUUUUUA